AUGACUCCAAGACAACUCAAGGCCAAGUACUUUGAAUUGAACCAUGCUCUCAAACCAUUUAGUCCAAAAGAGGAACUUUAUCUCUAUGAAUUGGUCGAACAAUAUCCAAAGCUCCAAGAUAUUAUGAUGCCUUUGGAAGAAGAAUUAUUACAUUCAGAUGCCAAAAUCAAAUAUAGUAUUCUAAAGGUGUUAGCGAAUGGAUUGCCAACUCAAAGAAUGGAUUGGAUUAUGAUCAACUCAAAAAACAUUUGUGUCCAAUUCCUUGGGUUUCAUCAAUCAAGUAUCGUAUGUUGCUUUUCUACUCUAUUCUUUUUAUUAUUUGAUUAA